CGUCGAGUCGAAAAGACGAAAGUUGCAAAAACGAAAAGAUGAACUGCCGAAAAUAAUCGCGUGUCCUCGGUUCCUUGAUUUCUUAUUCUUUCCACACACCGGAACUGAGACUCUUAUCAAGAUGGAAAACUCCUCUCCUCCCCCGCUCCCCUCCGUCUGCGUGAUCGGCGCCGGACCAUCGGGGCUCGCCGCGGUCAAGAACCUCGCAGACUCCAAAAACUUCGGGAAAAUCAAGUGUCUGGAAAAGCAGCCCGAAGUUGGCGGCCUGUGGGUGUACGACGACCGAACCGGGAGGGACGAGAGCAGUUGUUUCGAGAAAGACAAAAACGUCGGGAUCCACGGGUCCAUGUACCAGAACCUGUACAGCAACGGGCCGAAGGAGUGCAUUGAGUACGCGGACUAUACGUGGAAACAGCAUUUUGAGACCACAGUAAGAGUAACUGGGAAAAAAAUAGCAAACAUAUCCAACUGCUCCUCUUUUCCCCCGCGGAAGCCCGUGCUGGAUUACAUCCGCGGGCGGCACGAGAAAUAUUUGGAAAAAUAUGUGUCCUGCAACUGCGAGGUCUAUUCUGUAGAGAGUGCUGUGCCAAUAGCUCCUGCAUCAGCGUCAUCUUUAUCCGGUCGUACUGCUUCACGUUCCUCGACGAGUAGCAAGAAGUACCGAGUCACGUAUUGCGAAAAGGAUCUUCAUCGAGUGUUGAGCAGUGUAGAAGCCGUUGCUGCGUCAUCAGCUACAGGAACAACUACAGCUUCUGUAGAACCAGAAGCAGCAGCGGUUUGUUCUUCAAGCAGCGUCGAGAUGACGAUGACCUCCUCCUCCUCGUCCGCGUCCGACCCACGCGGCUGUACAACCUCCUCUACCGUAGCGGAAAGCAGUGCGGACGUCAUGAAGGCCUCACCGUCUUCAACUUUGACGCCUUCGACCUCGGCCUCUGAUUUUGACCACCAAGACUCCGCAAACGGACCGCCACCCGGAAUAAACGCGAACCACGAGGACGUUGGUCUGGAAAACAAAUCUUCGAGUUGUACUAGUAGCAAACUGUGGCACACCGAUGAGUACGAUUUCAUCGUCGUUGCUACGGGGCACUUUUCCACACCCGCAGUCCCACAACUUCCCGGACUGGCACUGACAAUCGGGACCACAGCCAGAGGACUUAAUGCUAAUUCAGUUUCAGAUUCACCGCCGGCCCCACGAGGACACCUGAUCGAAGUCUCGCACAGCCACGACUUCCGGAAUGCGAGGCAGUACGCAGGCAAGCACGUGGUAGUCGUUGGCAGCAGCUGCUCUGCGCAGGACGUGGUCUCCCAGUUGCUGAAGUACGACGCAAAACAUAUCACGCUGGCCAUGCGGAAGUGCAAGCAAUUUUUGACGACUCCGUGGCCGAAGAAUAAGGUGACGGUGCGGGGGAACCUGUGUGCGAGGACGGACGGGAAGAUCUGGUUCAACAAAGCGGAAUCUAAGGAAGAAGAAGGAAUAGACGAGAGCACUGUGGAUGCGAUUAUUCUCUGCACAGGGUAGAAGUACAGCUGGUUCUUAUGUUGAAUGGAUUCACACUCACUGUGGUAAAAGCAAUUUACAUUUACAAUUUGCCACUAAAAAAGUCAGCUGAUCUACUUGGUGUCGAUUUGUGAAAGUUUCGAAGCGAUUAAAAUCGAACGAGACACCAGAAACCGUAUGAAAUCAUCAAAUCUCAGGUACAAGCACUACUUUCCCUUCAUGGAGAAAAGCCUGCGACUACAGGUCGAAAGCAAUGACGUCUACAUUCCGAACCUGUACAAGGGAGUUUUGCUACCCCAGGACCUCAACAUCGCCUACUUGGGCAUGCAGGAUCAAUGGUAUCCAAAGUAUACUAGAUCUUUAAUGCUGUGUUGCGAAUGCCCGAUCUAUCAUGCCAUUUUUCCUAUGCAAAAAUCUUCCUCUGUGUUGUCCUAUCCCGCCUACGGAGAAAUGACUUCGUAUUCUAUCCCAUCCCGCUGCAAGAUUGAUGAUCCCUGAAAAAUAAAACAAAAGGUUUACUUUCACCAUGUUUGACGCCCAAGCAGCCUGGUUCACUGCGCUCUGGACUUCCUUUCCAGCCGGAAAUAUGAAGCCGACACCCGAGCAAGUCACGGCCGCGCUGGCCGAAGACACUGCAGAAUUCGACAGGAUGGACGGGAGUGAUUCAGCGGAGUGCGGGUUCCAAGCGGAUUACAUCGAGUACUUGUACAAAAAUGCGGAAAGAAUGCGAUCGGAAAAUAAAUGUGAAAGGCAAGAAGACAAUAAACACCAACCACACGACGACGACAACGACGAUCUUGCCUCGAGCGAGAGAAUAAACGGCAAGUUGAACUACUCCACGUGGAUGAAGCACUGUCACGGGCUGUUCAUGCGAUGGACGAGGCACAAGCAUGCUAAUGUGUUGACGUAUCGGGACAAGGCCCACGUGUCGUUUUUCAGUGGGGACUUGGCGCCGAAGCCCGCGAAAACGUGGGUGGACGACCACUCGGAAGGGGAUUACCUGGCAGAGUACUCGGCGGAAAGGUUGCCGACGGCUGGUGCGGGGGCUGACUUGGAUUCCUCCACGGAAAAUGUGAGUUUUUAAAAAAGUAGUCAUGUCCUCUCAUAAAUAUCGCAGGGUGAACAUAACUACGGCCUUGCGUUUGGUGCGUAGGAGAACAAUGACCGACUGCGCCCCCGCCCCCGCACAGCUCCGGAGUUUUGGGUUUCACUUGAUAUUUCACGACUAUAACGAAAAAAUUCUCAAUGUGAUAGAUGGAAUAAAAUCGUUUCAAAUAAAUCAAUAACUACUCGUCCAUCGUCAGUUCAUGUCGUUUCUUCUGCAAUUUGGAUCUUGUAUGCAGUUUCGCUUAGGCUCGGCCUCGAGUUGUGUAAGUGUAACCAUAUGUUGCUGCUGCGACUUUGGCGUAGCGGAGCCAAGUGUAGCAAGGUCUGCCAGGGUCUCUAGAGUUCCAGCAGCGAGGUACACAGCAACGUUUCAUAGAGAGACAGACAUUUCUUGGUAUAGUACAGAGAAAGCGCACUGGCGCACUGUCUAGAAAGAAGUGGUUUCUACUUUCGGGGUCUCUCAGCUGUUGCGUAAAGUCGCAUGCUCUGCUGCUGCGACGCACAAGCACACAGCAGAAAAAAGAGUAGCAGCUAGCUCGUGCGAAGGCGGCAUAAUUGGAGCACCUUCAACAAGAACAACAGCAAACCGCGAGCCUAGCCAUAGUCCUCCUUAAUAGCG